AUGACGCCGGCAGGGGACGCUGACAUGAAGGGAAAAGGCUUCUUCACGAGUGCCAGAAAGAAACACUUCUGGAGAGUCAGGGCGGCCGAGAGCCACGGCCUGCGAGGCGGCAGCUGCACGGUCUGUCCUGGGGCACCACUGACCUUUCUGGGCCAGAACUCAUCAGCCCGGAGAGCGUGGCAAACCCAGUGGGGUGGAGGCCGAGGGCCGGAGCUAGGCCGCAGCCGUAGCCAGCGCAGCAGGGCCAGUCUCCCCGCCGCAAAGAGCGGGACGCUGACCCUUUGCUUGAAAUCUUCCUCUGCCUUCCGCUCGGAGCGCAGUUUCCACCAGAACUCCUCGCCCACCCCCGCCCGGGAGCAGCACAUGGAGAAAGCCCGCGGGCUGUUCGGCGACGACUUCGGGAACUUCCUGAGGCCGCGCACCGAGCCCCUGGUGUUCCCAGCCCGGCCAGGCAACAUGGGGAAUAUUAAGACCCUGGGGGACACCUACCAGUUUGCCGUGGACGUCAGCGACUUCUCCCCCGAGGACAUCAUUGUCACCACCUCCAACAACCAGAUCGAGGUCCACGCCGAGAAGCUAGCCGCAGAUGGGACCGUCAUGAACACCUUCACCCACAAGUGCCAGCUGCCUGAAGACGUGAACCCCACUUCCGUCACCUCUGCCCUGGGCGUGGAUGGCACCCUCACCGUCAAAGCCAGGCGGCACCCAGCCAAACACACAGAGCACGUCCAGCAGACCUUCCGGACUGAAAUCAAAAUCUGAGUGGCUGGCGCCGGGGGGGCGGGCGGGGGGGAGAUAGGGGGAAGCAGCUGGCCUGAGAUGCCCUAGAAACGACUCUUUAAAGAGCAGCUGGGGCUUCUUUCAAAGCUUCAACAAAAGCAAGGGACAUUGGGCCAAAUUCUGAUCACAGUUACCCCGGCAUAGGGGCAAAGUCACUGGGGGCCAGAUCCUGAGCUGCUGUCCAGCAGUCUGACCCCAGUGACUUCGUCUGACUGCAGCGAAGUCCGGGCAGCGAUGCACAUUUCCACCAGCUCAGGAGCUGGCCCCGUGAGUUCUGCCGUUGGCUCCCAAUCGGCCCCUGCGCCUGACUCUGAUGAGAGAAUGAUUUAGCCCUGGCACCACUUAGGAGUUUUGCCAUGAACUUCAGUGAGAGCCGGAUUUGGCCCUGGCUCCUCUGGAUUUACACCAGCGUAACUGAGAUCAGGAUCUGGCCCGAUGGGCUUGUGCUGACGCGACUGGGAGGGAAGUUUAGCCCCCAGUGUGUAACCUGGAACCCUUGUCCCAGGCUAGUAGGUGUAGCAGGUUGUCCCACCCUAGGGAAGUAGGCAGUGAGGUCCUGAGCUGACCGAGGGCCAAGCCCUCCGGAGGUUCAAAUAACAAUCUCUGUAUAGGGAGAUCCAGGCAUUCACCUUAUUCAUUUAUAAGACUAAAUUCACUGGGCCUGAUUCUUCUCUGACCCUGGUUUUACACCGCUGUAGCCCCACUGAAUGGAGUUACUCCUGAUCUACACCUGUGUGAGAGGAGACUCGAGAGCACUGACUUCGGCGGAGCUUACCCCAGGGAUGGAUUUGGCCUAAUGAGAAGAACUCGCCAGUUUCAUCCCUCGGACUGAGCUCUACCUGAGAGAGAUGGGAGCAGAAGUGUUUCUGCGCAUAAGGUUUCUCCACCUUUCCCAAGAGACAUCAGCUGCUCUGUAAGUGGAAAUCCACUGGGAGGGGUGAUAAGAAGGAAGUCCCGGAGCAGCAGAGCUGUGCAGCAGGGGAUUUUACAGACACCAACCAAGCCUCACUACAGCCCUGAGAGUUCAGUAAGUAGCACUGUGAUCAGGUGCCAGGCUUUAAGACCCUGUUUUUAAGAUGCACAGAGCUAUUUUGCUGACUCACCAUGGCAGCCAGAACAGGUGGGUCUCAUUAGAUACAGUUCAGGACUAUAAAAAGCGCCAAGAAAAUUAGAGGCGGGAGGGAAUCUGUAGGAACAGCUUGAGAGGGAGUCUGGGUUAUGAUUUAUUUAUAUUUGUAAGUACAAGUGCCGCCUCAGGAAUUGAGGAGCAAAUCCCAGGAGGGUGAGUCUGCCCAGAACCAGUAGUGUGAGUGCUGGGAGGGGAAUCAUUCCUGUUUAUACAACCGUUAAUCCCGUUCCUCAAGGCACAAGUCGGAGCCGGGAACAGAACCUAGGAGCACCAGACAGCAGCCCCAGUGCCCAGCAAUGGACUCAGGGUCACCGAAGGAUUCCAACAUGGAGCAUGUGUACAGAUGGUGCAGAAGAGAGAGGGGCAGGGACAGACACAUGGAAAGGGACACCAUUUGGCAGAGUCUAGGUUUGACAGCUCUAAAUCCAACUGUAGCCAGGGCCCCACACAAAAGGCCGGGAGGAGCCCACGGGACCAGCUGAGCCCUGGUGACUCUUCCUCCCAGUGGGCCUGUGUCAAGCGUGAUCCAUACACACACUGAAUAAAGGGAUGGAGCCGAUCACACAUAGGGGUUGGGAGGGAGGGGGCUGCAUUUCCCAUUGGCCCUACGCUG